AUGGACUUUUUUACUCUCUCAUAUCGAAGGAAAAAGGAUUUAAUAGGUUGGGCGCCGUUGGACCAGAGAAAUUUCGACCGUUCCACACAUGAUAUAAAUCCUAUAGGUGAUUACUUACCACCAAAAAGUAAUAGUUAUAAAGAACUUAUAAUUGUUCUAGGAAGUAUAGCCAUUGUUUUUGUUUUUGCUUUGAUACUAUUAACAAUUGGGAUGUUUAAAAGAAAGAAAAAAUCUAACGAUAAUGAUGAUAAUGUGGAUUGUGGAUCUAGUGAUUUUGAUGGCGAAAGAAAUUCUGUAUUAUUUAGCAAUAUAAAUAUUGAAAGCGAGUGGUUACAACUCUUUGAAAACUCUGUUCGAAGUAAAAUAAUCUUUAAAGAG